CUCCGCGAGUCGCUCUUCUGUUACAGUCCAUUAUGCCAAGACGAGGCUAACGGGCUCGUAUUUACAAAUGGGCGAGCAAGGAAAUGGCGCAUCUCUUGAUAGCCUUGCAUUGCCAUCUCCGUCGGCCGGUCCUGUCGUGCCGAGGAAAGAAAAGCCGUUCGAGAUAGAUGGGGCGCGACCAACCUGACAAGAGAGAGGCGUAGUCCCGCGUCGAACGACCUUUACUGCGACCGGUAAUGGUGUUCCUGCUCUUGUAUCGUAUCGACUGCGAAAGUGGUGUUCUGAGCAAUCACGCCCAGAGAUUUGCAUGUCAUCAUAGACGCAGCAGAUCAUCUCUGGCUCGCUACGUCUGAAGCGGCAAGCCCUGCGCUUCUCUCCGCUUCCCAUCUGCGGCAAGCUGCGCCCGGCAGCUGGUCUCAUCACUGCCCAAGCCGACUGUACUUCUGUUGCCAUUGCUGCUGCAUGAGGUCGUAUCGGCCUGCAGAUCUACUAUAGCAACGACACAGACUAGCUGUACGCAGGUAACAAGGUUUGCGCCAGUCUGUCCCACGCCUCCCUCUAUUCCCAGACCUUGCAAGCAAAAUCAAGCGAGCCUGCUUGUUAACCCGGCAUUUUUGGUCUGGGUACAGUAGUAAGUACCCUGCUCUCAAUGGAAUCUACACAGAGAGCCACGGCUGCUUCAUACGCAUACAUGCUAGUCAACAUGGGGUGCGACACUUGACGUCACCAAGUAUCGUAAAUCGCAGCCUUGAUCAAUUGUCAUCCAUGUAGUCUGGUCACGAGCAAAAGUUCAGUUCCAAGGGUCUUUAAAUUUAUUCAUUUACAAACCCAGCAUAUGUUUGCAGCCAGCGUUUGGACGGCAAUUUGAAUUUGCCUCCAUGACGUAGAUUGAUUGCCCCCAGUCUGCAGCCCAACAUGGACUGCUGCUGGUAGCAGCACGCCAAGCAACAAGAUAUGCAUUCGCUCGAUGUUACCAUACAUGGUUUCUUCAAGGUUUUCGUAGAGCUAAUUGAUUGGGUUAGAAGCUGAUCAACCGGGCUUUUUAGAGCCGGUCGGCACUGCGGCACCAGUUUGGCGCAAGGCCUGCAGGCUAUCAAUGGGCAUAGCAGGAGGAUCUGGCUUUUGUAAAGGUGUGUUUUGCCAGAAAUUUUCACCUUUAUCCGCCAGUGGCACUUUGGCGGGCUGGACUGAGAUUAUGACUGUGACGUGCUUAUAGAAUUGAGUUUGGCCGGUGGGCGAUAGCUUGCCGCCUUGGCUGGUUCCAUCUCGUGUUGCCAAUGAGUAUGGCCUGUUCCAUGUGCGCUUUGUAUAUCAACGGCACUGUAUACUACUUGCGUGAGCAUUGUUCCAGGUGUAACUUUGGGCAUCAGUGCCCUCGACAGGCAUUUGACAUUCCUUACUUCUGUGCAUGUUACAACCAUUUUCGUCACCUUUGACUUUGACACGUCCGCUCGGUCUGCACGCUGUAUUACCGAUGUCAUGUUGUACGAACGGACGCUAUGCAGGGUCCAGUCUGUUUAUUCCGACGCACGUCCAUUCCCCCAGGUAUUCUGUAACCAAGUGCCGUGAUUGUUUCUGUUUUUUUUUUCAAGUUUCAGUUUCUUGCUUGUCAGGGAAUAUUCAGACUUGUUUGAUGAUGAAGAUGAUACAAACCAUCGUCCAACAGAUUGUUUCUCGUCUGGUUUCAAGAUCGCCACCGUCAUCGCUUAUGGCUACUGGCUAGUCAGAUGAGGACUGCCUUUGUAUGAAAAAGUGUGACGGUGAGCCUAUGUUUUAAACAUUGUGAUUAUUGUAUUCUAAAUAGAUGGAUAGCGUCUGCUUUGUAAAUUGUAAAUAAUAUUCCAAGUGGCGUGGGUUGUUGGCGAGGAAGCGCUACCAGCUGGCAUCUCGCACCUGGCUUGGCUGGCAACGCCAAACGGUGGACCCAACUCCGUUGCCCAACAGAAGACCCGCCCCCACGAACGGUCGGUGCAAACGCACGAUCACCUGCAGCUUUUCUUCUUUUUUCUUUCCUAUCGGAGUACCCUCAAACGAAGAAAUUAGCCAUCGGGAACGUUCGGAUACUACUAAAGAUUGCUGGUUUAUUUCAUUAGAAGCUAAAAAUAUGAGUGAUAGCCGCCAGAGCACCCCGCCGAUACCGCCGCGGCCACGGAAGAUACACUCUAGCGUAUGCACACAAUGCCGACGCAUGAAGCAAAAGUGCGAUCGCCAAACACCAUGUUCCAACUGCAUCCGACGACAGAUUCCAGAGCAUUGCCAUCUUCCUGGCGGCCAUCGUCGAGCCACCCAAAGGGCAUCCGCAGGAGCAUCAUCCAGUCCGGCUCUCACUGCUACAGACAAUGCAGAAAUAUUAUCGCCUAGAUCUAGACCCAGCACGUACACUGUUUCCAAUGUAGGACAUCUCUUCCGCAGCCGCGAUGCAUCAGCGUUUCAUGGGAGCUCGUACUUUGGGCAUCAGGCUGCUGCCUCGAUGAUGCAGGUUGAGAGCCCCGAUUUGCCUAUCGGCGUUUCAGGUAUACAUGCAAACAGUAGCUCAAGGCGAGUCUUUCAGCGAGAUGACAAGCGACCUUAUGAUCAUAUAUGGGAGCUAGUUGGCUAUUUGCCGAGGAGGAAAGCAGCGGUGGAUCAUCUCGUGGACGAAUAUUUUGAACAGCUUGCACCAUUACAUGAUUGCGUACAACAGGACACAUUUCGACGCCAAUAUGACGCCUUUUGGAAUCGAAAAUGGGGCGAUGAUGAUGUUACCGUUGUUGACUUGAGAUGGCUAGCACUGCUCUUUAUCAUGCUGUCAUUUGCCGAGCUCUUGACCUGUCCGUUAGAUGCUUCGCCUGAGACCCAGAGAGACUGUGAAGAGAAAUCCGUGCAGUUCUUUUGGGCAGCGCGAAAGGCUAUUGUCCUUGCUCCAACAUUCUCGGGGGAGAGUCCGGAUCUAGUGCGUUCUGGUAUCCUCGUGAGCUGGUACUUGACGUACUUUGGCCGCAAGACGGAGAGCUGGCUCACUAGCAGUUUUGCCAUCCGAAUGGCACAAGCUCAAGGGAUGCAUAUUGAUGGGAAGACGUGGGAUCUUGCGCCCAAGAUGUUGGAAACUCGAAGGCGUCUUUGGGUUAAACUCUACUGCUUGGAUAGGUCCAUCUCCCUCGCCGUAGGACGACCGUACACCAUCAACGACAAGCACUGCACAAAGAUGGACAUUCGCAACAUAUGGCUAGAGGACAAGACCACCCAAGAAGCUGCAUCUGCUCUACCAUUGCCGAUGGACGAGCCCACACAGAAUAUAUACUACAUGUAUCAACAGUCGUUAUCAGCCAUCCUUGGCGACAUCCACGACGAAUGCUUCGGCAUAAGCUCCGGGCCGUCGACUUCAUACGCGGCAUACGAUAAAGUAAUGCGGCUUGACAGAAUUCUCUCAGACUGGGCAGACAGCCUUCCUGCCUAUUUCCGAUUACGAGAAGCAGAUUAUAGUAUGGACGGUUCCCGGCCUUACUUAUACUGGCAGCGAAUGUAUCUUCACAGCGCAUAUCAUUUCGCACGAAUUACACUGCAUCGCACCUAUGUACUUGUGGAAUCCAUCACCGACCGAUUUCAGUACAGUCGCGAGGCUUGUAUCAGUUCAGCCUGUGCAGAUUUGAAUCUGAGACUGACCUUCCGAUACGCCAAUAUGGCUGAUCGCAUCAAAGCCGGCGGCGCCAUGCAUAAUCUAUUCAAUAGUGCUUUGGUACUGGGUAUUAUCGCAGUCAAAGAUCCGUUGUCAACGAAAUCAGCCGCCAUAAUCGACGAUCUCGUAGCGUACUGUGAAAAACAGCGCGCUGACACAUGGGUGAAUGAGUUUGCACUGGCUGAAGUUAAGGUGAUUGAGCUCUGCAUAGCCAAUGUGAGAAAAGCGCGACGAGAGGCGAAAGAAGGAACCGAUCAGAACACAUCUUUAAUAGAGGACUCCAGAUACUGGAGCUCAGCAGCAGCCGAUUCAACCUUGAACACAGACAUUGCCAUUAUGGAUGAAGACCAGAAUUGGUUUGACAACUGGCUUGGCAUGGCUCGCAAUUUUACGGAGCCUAUGGAUUUCAGGUUUUGGGAGAGCCUGGUUGAGACGUUUGAGAAUGGCGCACAGUGAGGAACUAAUGUUACAAAUCAUUGAUAUCAAUCUAUUCCUACAGCCUGGAAAGUGAAGAGGCCUCGGACACAACUGGGUUUAUCAGUGUUCCGAUUUCUUCUAUAAAGAUUGACAGUUCAGAUCCAUCCUUCAUGUACUUUGGCGGAUUAUAACUGUGACCGAUACCAGACGGCGUUCCGGUCAAAAUGAUGGUUCCCUUGGGGAGUGUCGUGUCCUGACAUGAAAUGUUAGCUCAGUCACCUGAUGCUGUAGCUAUUCUGCUUACCUUGGACAUGUGGGUGACAAUUUCUGCCACGGAAAAUAUCAUUUCAGCUGUUGUUCCGUUUUGUAGCACGUCGUUGUUGAGAAUGGUUCGCAUGCGCAGAUUAGACAAGUCUGUACUUUUGGCAGACACCAAGAGCGGUCCGAGUGGGCAGAAGCCGUCGUAGCCCUUGCAAUAUCCCCAUUGUGAGGUGUGGUUUUGCACAUCUCGCGCUGUGACAUCGUUUGCGAUUGUGUAUCCCAAGACGUGACUGAGAGCCGUAUCAACCGUGGCAUUUUUGCAGUCUUGGCCAAUUACAAUGACGAGCUCAACCUCAGCAUCUAUAGCGUCAGGCGCAGAGGAAGGGAUGAUGAUGGGAUCGAGAGGGUUGUUUAAACAUUGCCCUGGUUUCAUGAAGAUAGUGGGAACAGCCGGUAAUGGGAGUUUCAGCUCGGCCUAGAUUCAAGAGUGUAAGCAGACGAUGCUGUGUUCCUGGCUCGGAGACCUACAGCGUGGUCUUUGAAGUUGAGGCCGACGCAGCGAACCGUGCCAACUUCAGUAGCUGAUAAUGGCGAAAGGAGU